AACCUAAAUAUUUAUAACCCUCAGAAUCGCAUUCGUCUUCAUCUUUCUUCUUCUACUGUCAUAUCAUAUUCUCACACAAGAAUCGUUUCGUCUUCACAACAAAACUCGAACCUUCCAAAGUUAGUUACUUCACUACUUUUCAUCUUUCAGGUUGAUUUGUACGAGAAAGAUUUGUUCUUCUUUGAUGGGUGUGGUUGAUACUGAAUCGAUGGAACCAUUUGGAGUUGAAGCUAGUUUAGCUGAAAAUGUUAUGGUUGAAGGUUCAGAGCAGGAGAAGAACGAGCUUAAGGAAGUUGUUAAGAGCAGUGUUUUCGAGACCGAGGUUUCGGUUUUGAAGGAAAAUGAUUCUCAGGUUGUGAAUGAUUCUGGGGUGAAUAAUGGGGUGUCUUCUGAGAUGAAUAAUGACAGUGCUGUUGAAGUUGUUAAGAUUAGUGUUUUCGAGACCGAGGUUUCGAUUUUGAAGGAGAAUGAUUCUCAGGCUGUGGCUGAUUCUGAGGUGAAUAAUGGGGUGUCUUUGUUGAAAACGGGAGAAAACGAUGGAAGCGUCGUCGUUUGUGAGAAGAUCAAUUGUGAGGGGAAAGUCAAAGAAGGUGAUGAAAAUAUUCAGACUGUGGAGAUUCCAAUUGUGGAGAUAAGCGAGAAUAUUGAUAUUGAAGUGAACGGGAAGGAGAAUGAGGAGGGGAAAAAAGAUGAAAAAAUUGCGACUGUUGAGGUUCCAAUAGUGGAAACAAGUGAGAACAUUGAUGUUGAGAUGAAUGAGAAGGAUAGCGAGGAGGGAGAAAAGGGUGAAAAUUGUGAUGGGAAGAUCGAGUCUACUGAGGUACCGAAAGUGGAGGCAAGUGAAAGUGUCGAUGUUGAAAUGACUGAGAAGGAGGGUGCGGAAGGAAAAAAAGAUGAAAAUUGUGAUGGGAAGACUGAGACUAUUGAGGAUCCAAUAGUGGAGGCUAGUGAGAGCAUGGAUGUUGAAGUUGACGAUUUGAUUGAUGAAAGGUGUGACUUUUCUGUUGGAGAUUUUGUUUGGGGAAAGAUUAAGAGUCAUCCGUGGUGGCCAGGUCGGGUUUAUGAUCUGUCUAAUGCGUCAGAACUUGCUUUAAAGCUGAAACAAAAUAAUAGACUCUUGGUAGCUUACUUUGAUGGAACAUUUGCUUGGUGCCAUUCGUCACAAUUGAAGCCUUUUAAGGAUAAUUUUGAUGAUAUGGUGAGACAAGGUAGUUCCAAAGCUUUUACCUAUGCUGUUCAAGAAGCUGUAAAUGAGGUUGGAAGGGUUCUGGUUACAAAGAUGAGUCGUUCAUUUGUUGUGGCAGAGGAGACCAAGUCUGAAUUCGCUCCAAUGUUGGCGAAAAAUUCAGGAAUCAAGGAAGGUGUAUUUGUGCCAGAUAGUGGCAUAGAGAGCAUUUCGGCGGUUACACUUGAACCGGCUGAGUUACUUUCUCAAGUGAAACAAAUUGCCGAAGUUAUUGAUAUUGCCAGUAUUCUGGAGCUGGAAAUAUUGAAGGCCCGGCUUUCAGCUUUUUAUUUCUCAAAAGGAGGAUAUAAGUUACCCUGUUACGAGCCUCCCAAACUGGUUCUUGGACUUGAAGAUAAAGAUGAUGUCAAUAAUGCAGUCGAAGCACCGUCUCAAGGGCCGUUUGAAGAGGACUACUCUACACUGCCAUUGACCCCGAAAUCGGGUUCAGGAAGUAGACCGAACCGUAGAAGAAAGCAGAAAAGCAUCGCUGACAUUAUGGGGGAGGAUAAAGAUGUUGAUGCAAAAGAUAAGGAAUGGGAUGCAAGUGAUGAUGAAGUUCUUGUUGCGAUUAAGUCAAGGGGUAGAAAAAAGAAAAAAGACAACGGCGAUGCAGGGACAUCUGAACCAGUUCAGAAGACAAAAGAGUUGCUUGGAGGUACUGAUACAGAGACUGUAAGAGGUGGAAAAGAAAGCUGUGAGGACAAGGAAAACAGUGAUGGGGGCAAAUCGCAGCAGUCAGAUGAGGAAAAAGAAGCUUUUGGCAAUGACAACAACAGCGAUGGGAGCAGAGGGGAAAACGAUGAAGGGAAGCCGAAAGAACCAAAUGAAAAAGGUUUUUUGUCAAGAGAAAGGAAGAAAAGCAAGUAUUUGUCGCCUCCUUUCACUACUUCAAUCAGAGACUUUGUGAAGGGAAGAGGUUCUGGCCCGCUUUCUCCUCGAGUUUCAAAGUAUAACAGUGAGGCAUUUCAAGAGUUUGAAUUUUCUGUUAGCUUGAAUCACCAAACACCAGAUGAUGAGAAAGAGACUCUUGAUCCAGAGAAAGUCAAGGUUCCUUCAGUCGAAAUUCUGUCCAAAAUCCGAGAUGCUGCUGUUAGUCCACAAAUUUCAAGGAAGGGCACUUCUUCUGAUAGACUUGUAGACUUUGUUUCUGUCAUGAGAAGUUCAUUGUAUCGUGAAGGAUCAUUACACAAAGAAUACAAUGAAGCUGAACCUGGAACUGGAAGGAAGAGAAAGAAGCCAGAAUCUGAGCUUGAUCAAUCUGAUAACAUAUCACCCAGUGAAGAUUCUGGACCAGCCAAGAAAAGUAAGGAGAGAACUACAAGUUUGUCAAAAGUGAAGAAGAGAGCUCGUGAAACCAAGACUAGUGGCAAGAAGGGGACCGAUGAAAAAUCUUCAGCAGCUGAAAGAUCAAAGAAGUCUAAACCUUCACAAGACAAGAAGAAAGAGAAACUCCUAACUCCAGCCACACCAUCACUGUCGCAGGGUACUGAGACAUCUAAGUUGAUCGUCAUAAAGCAUAAACUUCAAGGUCUGGUCUCAAUGCUUGAAUCAUCCGACGACAAAUCGCCUGAUUUCAAGACAAAGGUGGAGAGCGAGGUGAAAGGUCUUUUGGAGGAUGUGAACAACAUGGUUGAAUCUACUUCGUCUUGAAAAAGACACAUCGGUACCGGUAAUUGUGUAGUUAAUGAGUAAUGAUCAUGGUAGAUUUAUCAGAGUCUUUUUAAUAUUCCAUAUACUAUAUCAGGUUAUGUAAUUGAACAUCCCUUUGCAUGAUUAGUCUUUAUAGAGAGAUUAGUAUCUUUUUAGAUUAGUCGGUAUCUUAUCUUAUUGAUAGUUAUAUGCAAACUGCUUUUAAGGAUUAAAAUUCUGUUGGUUUAAAUAUUCUCCUGUUAAAUUCUCA